AUGGCCGAGCGUGUCACCAAAGCCUUCACCCCGUUCAAGAAAGGUGACCUGGUAUGGCUCGAUGCCAAGAACAUCAAGUUCUUCCAAGUCCCUAAGAAGUUUGCGCUGAAGCGUCAUGGACCUCUCGAAAUCAUUGAAGUACUCGGACCACUGACCUACCGGCUGAAACUCCCGGCACAAUGGAAGAUACACGAUGUAUUCCACGCCACCCUCUUAUCACCAUACCACGAGACCAAGGAACACGGCCCCAACUUCUCUUAUCCCCCACCUGAUGAAGUCGAGCACGAGGAACAGUGGGAAGUAGAGGCCAUCGUGGGACGAAAGAAGCACGGAAGGACCUACCGUUACCAAGUCAAAUGGAAGGGAUAUCCACCGUCGGAGAACUCGUGGGAACCCGAGUCCAACCUGAAGAACGCCGCAGAACUCCUUGACACCUAUAAGAAGGAACACCCC